CGGAAGCGGAGUGGGGCGCCGAGUGAACCCCGGCUGGCCCGAGGGACAGUGACAAGACCCUACACGCACACACCUACCCCGGGCUGAACGGCCAGGAGCCAAUGGCCAGCGACAAACCCAAACCCUCUGAGCUCAACCAAGAGAAAUACGAUGCUGAUGACAACGUGAAGAUCAUCUGCCUAGGGGACAGCGCUGUGGGCAAGUCCAAACUUAUGGAGAGGUUUCUCAUGGACGGAUUUCAGCCACAGCAGCUGUCCACGUACGCCCUGACCCUGUACAAGCACACGGCCACGGUGGAUGGCAAGACUGUCCUUGUGGACUUUUGGGACACAGCAGGCCAGGAGCGGUUCCAGAGCAUGCACGCCUCCUACUACCACAAGGCCCACGCUUGCAUCAUGGUGUUUGAUGUGCAGAGGAAAGUAACCUACAAGAACCUGAGCACUUGGUAUACAGAGCUUCGGGAGUUCAGGCCAGAGAUCCCAUGCAUCGUGGUGGCCAAUAAAAUUGAUGCAGACAUAAAGAUGACCCAAAAGAGCUUCAAUUUUGCCAGGAAGUUCUCCCUUCCCCUGUACUUUGUCUCAGCUGCUGAUGGUACCAAUGUCGUGAAGCUCUUCAAUGAUGCGAUUCGAUUAGCUGUGUCUUACAAACACAACUCCCGGGACUUCAUGGAUGAGGUUUUGCAGGAGCUUGAGAACUUUGAUUUGGAGCAGAAGGAGGAGGAAGUGCCAGACCAAGUGCAGCGUGGCAACAUCGAGAGCCCCUCCCCUUCCUGAGUCAGAGAAGGAAGCCUCUCUCCUCGUGGACUUUGGGGAGGGGGGUGGUAUCUUUCAGAAUACCCUCCCCUCACCAACCCUCCAGCUAUGAAUUGAAGAAUUCUUGCAGGCCAUCCCCCUGUCUACCUCCUGCAAGCCCACCCAUUCCAUUGGCCUGCCCCACUUCCAUGGCCCACAGUUCCUGACCCUUCCACAGUGGUCCUUUCCCCUGGACUCAGGGACCGGGACAGGGUCUGCACCAGCAAGGACCCUUGACAGGUGUGAGACAUCCACAGCAGACCCUGAAGCAGAGUUAGAGAUCAGUAGCCUCAGCCUCCCCAGGUUGUGUGGAAGCAGGGAAGACCUUCAGGAAACAUGCUUUGUGUCUCUAAAUAAAAGGAAAUUGAGGUGUUUUCUCUCCCAGAACCGACCUCAGGGCCUAUUCAUUGCUUUUCCACCAAGGGAAUGAUUUCUAAUCCCUGAUGGCCCCUAUUCCCACCCGUACAGAUUUGGGGCGGCGGUGGGGGGCCUCCAUUCUUUUCCCUCUUUAGUCUCCCAACCAACUUUUUUUCAGAAAUGGUUUUAAGCAGACAGCUGUUC